AUGUGUGGUCCGUCUUCAGGCUGGUCUAAGGCAGCUCUUGUUGUCCUUAUAGUAGGAAUGGUACUGCACAUCGCAGGAUGGGCAACCAACAACUGGAUGAUAUACAACACUACAAACAACGUGCAAACAACAAACGUUGGUCUGUGGCGUAUGCUGGCUUGCAACAACGGGGAUUGCAUAGAUUCUCCCGUGGAAUCCAAUUUUGAGUCAGAUAUGUUUAAUGCUGUGCGUGGCCUUGAAACAGUGACUUUCUGCAUUGUGGUAUUUACGGUCAUCCUGUUAUUCAUCUUUAUGUGUAUGGAGACGGCUAGACGACAAACUUUCGCAGCAGUGAUCAUGUUUUUAUGUUACAUUGCUGGUGCUUCAAGUUUCAUUGGGAUGAUCAUCUUUGUAACAUCAAUACCCGACCCCUUCGUUGUCAGCUUUUCUCUGGGUCUCACAGUGAUUGCCAUGACCCUCAUUUUGAUUGCCGGCACUCUGAUGAUCCCGGACAGCUUUGAGUCAGACUACAACACUGAAAACGAAGAAGAUGACUAUGAGGAUGACUUUUUCGGUAGACGCAAGCGUAGCACCGUAUCGCCUAUGCCACUACGAGACAGAGAGCGUCCUUCCAGAGGCGCUACGCCGAUAUCUUACAAGGGAGGCAUUGAAGGUUCCAGAUGGAGAAGCUAUUAA